AUGGGCGGACAUCGAAGUGGGAGUGUUCGAGAGAACCUCUGGCGAACCAGACAAAACCACGAGUUCACUGACUUUACCUUCAUCUGCAAAGCCGCCCGAUUCCCGGUCCACAAAGUCAUCGUCUACAGUCAAUCAAACGUCUUCCAUAUGGCAUGCACCAGGCCUUUCAAGGAAUCGUCGACAAACGAGUAUGAUCUAUCAGAUUGUUCUGUGGACAAUGUACAAUGGUUGAUCGACUUCCUUUACAUGGGAACUUACCAGACGGAAUACUCCAAGAACCCAACACUCACCGACCACAUCGCCAUGUUCGCGCUGGGUGACAUGUACGACAUCGAGCCACUUGCUCUUUAUGCGGCAGAGCAGUUUCGUAUCGUCAUUGCUGCGAUAGACACCUUCGAAGAAAUUCUCCCUUUGAUCCCUCAGGUCUAUGGCUCAACGCCGGAGCACCGAAAAGAACUGCGGGAACAGAUCGUGAAGUUCACAAGGUGCCCAAUCCGUGGGGAAAAGGGUGCAAUGGAGUCGAGAGAAUGGUACGAUGACGUGGCUCAACAGUGCCCCGACUUCAUCAAGGACCUUGUCUUCAGCUAUUUUGAUUGGCCUGAUCCUCAAGAGGUAGAGUGGUAGUGGUAUGCAUGUAGUUUUGAUAGUUGUUAUACUUGGAGUGUCUUUUCAUGGCCGAGUAGGGUUGUUGGAAGCAGAAGUAAAGGAAGUAAAAAGAUGCUGGUUACUCAUUUGUAGAUUGGUAUAUAGG